AUGUCGGAUCUAGAAAGUCACGAAGAAGUAUCCGAACAAAUAGAAAAUUUCAGCAAAGAUGAAGUGGAAUUGAAACUAGGCAAUACUUUUAGUAACACAAAGGAUUUAUCGUUAGAUUUAUCUUAUCGCAGACUUGUUUUCGAUAAUGAUGAUGAUCACAAUAAGAUAGAUUUUUCAAAACCUGCAGAGAUGGAACUAAGUCAUAGCGAAGAAAGUUUUAAAGUUUCCUUCGGAGGAAAGGAUGAUGAAAUACAUAUAUUAGCAGGCAUACGAUACGAAAAUAAUAAAGAGGGUGUAGAUGAAGACUCUCAAAGACAAUGCCUAUUGAUUUAUGACGAAAAUACACAUACGUGGACUUUAGAAUGCAUUGAUUAUAAUUAUAAUGUUGGUCCAGACGGUGAUUACGGGUCUGAUAUUGACCUUGAUGAUUUUGAACGUCAUUUUGAGACGUCGAUGAAAUAUGAUGAUGAUAUUGAACGUCAGUUUGAAACUUCGAUGAAAGAUGAAUUUGCUGAAGAAUUUGAUGCAAAUGCCGAAGAUAUUGAAGAUGAAUUCAUAGAAGGGUAUAAUGGAAAUGGUAUAACGAAUGGAAUACAUGAUGAUAAUGGGUACGAAGGAGGAAAUAGUGAUGAUGAAGUUAUGGAAGAUGAUGCUUUUGUGGAAGUUGAAAACCCAUUACAACCUUAUCCUCCUGGUGUCAACAACGUAAAUGACGAAGAGAUAAUAAAAAAUGAUUCUGAAUCAUCAGAUUCUUCUUCAUCUGGAAGUAGCUCGUCUUCCGCAUCAGGAUCUGAAUCAGGAGAUGAAGACGGAUCAGAUUCUGGCUCGGAAUUAGGUUCAGAUCUCGGUGACUUGGAGGCUUCUUUAGAAGCACAAUUAACUGAAGCACCCAAUAAUGACACUGUGAAAACGAAUGGAGUAAAUCGAAAGACAAAUCCUUCAACCGGCAGACCAGAAGGACCUAUAUCAUUGGCUGAAUUAUUUGGUGGAACAGGCAACGAAAAUGAUGAUGAUGAAAGUGGUUCAUCAUCGGCAA